UUCUCUUCUUGUAGCUUCGUAUGCGUGCAAGGUAUCGGCCAUCCAGCAGUACUGCACACCCUUCUUCUUCAUGCUGGGGUGGGGGGGGCAGUCUGGUCUGUGCAUGCCCAUGAUCAUUUCCUCCCCAUUUUUGAGGCGCCUCAAAAAUAGACUCCUCACGCAUGGUCUGUGCAUGCCAAUGAUAAUUUCCUCCCCAUUUUUGAGGCGCCUCAAAAAAAGUUUCUCCUCUUGUAGCUUCGUAUGCGUGCAAGGUGUCGGCCAUCCAGCAGUACGGCGCACCCUUCUUCUUCAUGCUGGGAAGGGGGGGGCAGUCUGGUCUUUGCAUGCCCAUGAUCAUUUUUGAGGCGCCUCAAAAAUAGACUCCUCACGCAUGGUCUGUUUUUGAGUCGACUCAAAAAGGAGGCGCCUCAGAAAUAGGCUCCUCACGCAUGGUCUGUGCAUGCCCAUGAUCAUUUUCUCCCCAUUUUCCUCCCUCCCUCUUAUCCUUACACGUCGAGGCAGCUAUUUUUGAGGUGCCUCUAAAAUAUUUUCCUCCCCAUUUUUCUCCCUCCCUCUUAUCCUUACACGUCGAGGCGGCUACGGCAAGCUAGUGCAGAAGGAGAUCUCGGCCAUCCAGCAGUACGGCGCGCCACUCUUCAUGCCGGGAGGAGGCAGCCCGGGGGGCAUGCCCAUGGGGGUGCCGUCCAUGGGGCACUCGCCCUCUGUUCCGCGACAGCCCAUGAGCCACCGCAUGGCACAGCGUCUUGGCACCCAGCAAGGACCCCGGCGAGCCCAGCGCUACUCAAGGGACGACAAGCAGCGCGGCGGCUACAGAGACGGCGGAAGUGGGGGAGGUGGUGGUCCUGCCCGCAAGAGGGGGAGGGACGACGACGAGCCGAUGCAAGAGGCAGGAAGGGAGGAAGGCGGAGACAGGCGGGGGGGAGGGAGGGACGGAGGGGGGCGUGGGCGAUAUGAGGAGAGAAGAGGGGAGGGAGGGGAGGGGAGGGGCGGAAGGGAAGGAGGGGGAGGAGGGAGGGGAGGAGGGGGAGGGGGAGAGGGCGGGGCAGAAGGGGCUGCUGACGACCAAAAGAAGAAUCCGCGAUUCAGAGAGAGGGGGGAUGAUUCGGAUGAGGAGGGCGACAAGGCAUGAGGCAUGAGUCUCGGGAUGAGGAGGGGGAGGGGGAUGAGGAGGGGGACAAGGCAUGAGGAGAGUCUAUUUUUUAUGAGGCGCCUCAAAGAUAGAUUCGGAUGAGGAGGGGGACAAGGCACGAGUCUCGGGAUGUUUUUGUUUUUAGCCGCCUCAAAACUAAAAUUCAGAGAGAGGGGGGAUGAUUCGGAUGAGGAGCGAGACAAGGCACGAGUCUACAAGGAACUCGGGUGUGUGGUGUGGAUGCCAGUGUGUUGGAGGCACGUGUGGUUGGCUUUAUGUGGCCUUCAAAACCCCCUGGAUGUUACGUAAAGCCGUUGGCUGUAUGGAAAUCCCCUGGAUUGUACUGAAAUUCCUUGAAUAC